CAUGCAUAUUUGUAUUCUACUAUUGCUAGAUAUUGUGUCUGACCGUCUGUUAUGUUGUCCCAUCUGGCAUUGGCAUUCCUAGUUUUAACAACGAGUUCCUGAAUAUUUCAUUUUUCAUAUUAGCCACAACUUCAGCUACCGAUCAUCAACUGAAUGACCAAUUUUCUUUACAGGCACCAGUAUUUAUGAAUUUUUUCUUUGCAUUAAAAGGCAUGGUCAAUGCUCCAGUAGAGAGCAGUACGGAGGACUGUUUUGGUUUUCAUAUCUUACAGUCUGUGAUCAUUAUUAGUUAUUACAUACUGCCUUCGCUAACUAGCAUUACAAUGUGGGCUGCAAUGGAGUUGGGAGUGGAUUCAGCCAAACUCUCGUCUAUGCGAUAUACUAUUACUUUACAUUUCCAACGGUUUCCACUUCUGAUAGAAAUUAUACAACAAACUUCCAACUACAGUUAGAGUCAAGAUCCAGGUAAUUGACAACUACACAGAGUCUUUACUCUGUUGUCGGCACAGAUAUACCCUUAAAAAUAGUCAGGGUAAUUAAAGCCCAGAGAAAUGCAGCCAAAAUGACAAACAACAUGCCACAACUGCAAGUCCUUCAGCAAAAAAUGACUGAUGCCAGACAGGCAGGAAAUGCCAUGGAAGCUGCACGGAUGAGUUAUGAGAUCCAAAGUUUUAUGAAAGAGAAAGGACAUCCCUUAAAAAAUCUAAUUGGUCCUGUUAUAUUCAGGCACCAGUAUUUAUGAGUUUUUUCUUUGCCUUAAAAGGCAUGGCCAAUGCUCCAGUAGAGAGCAUGCAGUACGGAGGAUUGUUUUGGUUUUCAGAUCUUACAGUCUGUGAUCCUUAUUACAUACUCCCUAUGCUAACUAGCGUUACAGUGUGGGCUACAAUGGAGUUGGGAGCGGAUUCCGCCAAACUCUCGUCUCAAGGCUUCCCCUGCGUUAAUUUAUUUCUUCCGAGCCAUCCCGUUCAUCAUGUUCCCCAUCACGAUGAAUUUCUCAGGAGCUAUUCUGUGCUAUUGGUUGACGACUAAUGUCAUUUCACUCGUUCAAGUCGGUUUCCUUCGCCUUCCCAAAGUCCGAAGCUAUUUCAAUAUCGGCAUAUCGCUCCGAUAGUUGUUCAGACAGUUAAAGGUGCCGGACCCAAAAAAGGAUUCGUGGAGGGAAUGAAAGAAGCUUGGAAUAAUCAGAAAAUCACCGCUGAACUUAACGCGAGGCGGAGAUUUAGAUUACCCUAAAACAGACAAACUUCUCCGGGCUUUCUGGAAAGAGGGAGGCUUUCAAAGACUGCUGGAGUUAAUUGGUGACAUCAUCGAGAUUGAGACCUUUUCUUUGAUGGCGCGCUAGUUCGUUCCCUACCACGCAGAAAUAAAGGUCGAUCUUUGAUCUGACCCAUCCCCAACCUGUAGAAGGAAAGGCCAGUUUGCAUGUCCUUGACUUUCGAAGGUCACGGAGAUCAUUUCGAAAAACGUGUCCUGCAGUGGUGUAGAGGUUGGGUGAGAACGACACGUGUUACAUCAUUAUCAAGCAGGCACAAUUGCCGCAAGGCUUCAGUUGAGAGGCGAAUCAGGGUGAGAAAAAAUCGAAUGAAACGAGAGAGAAAUGCGACAGAAAUCAGUCGAGUGAGCAUCUCCGACACGGCAACAACUGCAGCUUACUUUUGUCCCCUGCCUUCUUCGAAGAUCAUCAUAUUAAAUCACUGUACGUAUUCUUUUUAGAAUACGAAAUUGAAAUGCCUACUAAAAGAAAUUAUCGUAUGCUGGCUGCAGCCAAUUUGAGAAUUGAGGACAUAGUUAAUGGUAUGAACAGUCGUGAAGAAAACAAGGAAAUUACUGCAAUCCGCGCUGUUAGAAUCCUCACCAAGAAGCGUAAUCCACCCAUUGACAUUCUUAUCAAUGCCAAUAUUAUUACCAAGCUGGUAGAAUUCCUCAGUCGUGUCAACAACCCUGAUCUCCAGUUUGAGUCAGCCUGGUCUCUCAUCAACAUUGCGUUAGGCACAUCUGCUCAGACGAAAGCUGUAGUCAGUGCUGGGGCUGUUAGUCCCUUAAUUUCUUUGUUGGGUUCACCUCAUCAAGGUGUGGCUGAGGGAGCUGUCCUGGCUCUGGAUAAUUUAUUCGUAAUCGAAUCAGAGUUAAGAGAUGACCUCAUUGAGCAAGGAGUUGUUAAUUCGUUGCUCGUCUUAUUGAUUAAACCGGAUACUUCAACUAGAUUACUGCACAACGUCACUUUGUUUUUGUGCAACUUGUGUCGUAACGAGGACGGUCAACUCACUAUCCCUGCAGUUCGACAGCUUCUUCCCGUCCUGGCCCACCUGAUUCAUAACAAUGACAAGGAGAUUCUCGUCGACGCUUGCCGCGCUCUGACAUACCUUACUGGUCUCCCCAGUGAUCUUUUUAUUCAAAUAGUUGUCGACGCCGGAGUCGUCCCUCGGCUCGUCUCUUUGUUGAGUCACAAAGAAGUGGACGUCAUCUUCCCCUCUCUGUUGACUAUCGGCAACAUUGCGUCAGUUGAUUCUCUUAUCAAUUCCGUCCUGACGGCUGGUGCCUGCCCAAUGCUGGCCAAGUUACUUGUUCGUUCCGAGAUGAAUAUCGUCAAGUAUGCUGCCUGGACUGUGUCUAACAUUGCUUACGGCAAUGCCGUUCAAAUCCAAGCUCUGGUUACCGAUAACGUUAUUCGUCCUUUGGUGGAAGUGCUGGGUAAAGGCAAUUUUCAAUGCCGAAAGGAAGCAGCUUGGGCCAUUACCAACAUCACUUGGGGUGGCAAUAUCGAGCAGAUCGAUUUGUUGUGCCAAUAUGGCGCCAUCGCUUCGCUGUGUUCUUUGUUGGAGGCCAAGGAAUGCAGCAGCGAGACUAUCGUGGCCGUGUUGGAAGGCUUGUUUAAUAUUUUGGCCGUUGCCAAGAAAAUGGGCGAACUGGAGAAAGUUUCCCUUCAGGUCGAAGAGUGCGGUGGCCAGACCCGCAUCGUACAUUUGCAGAGCCACGAAAAUAUUGAGGUUUAUCAUAAGGCGCAUGCCAUUCUGGGGCGGUACUUCUCCACUCCAUUCCACUGAUUUGUCCAAUGAAGAGUCCAAGUUGGCGCCAUCGACAUCGUAGAUAGAGUGGCAAUUACGAAUUCAACAACCAGCAGCCAUCUCAAGCCCCAUGAAGAAGGUUUCUCAUUCUAAAUAUUUUAAUGUCUAACUAUAAUUAUAUUUUAAAUCUAAAACUCAAAUUAUGUUUUUAUUUAAACCUCAAAUUGUUUUUUCUGCCUGUCAAUUUUUAUUUAUUGUUCACUUCCUUCAACGCUAUCUUCAUCAUAAGUUUUGGCCUUUUAAAGUUUCAUUUCCCACAUUGUAUUUUAAUUGCAAGUUGCCAUUUGCUUUAAUUUAUGUCCAUGCACGAUCUUCUUUCCUCUUUCUCAAUGCGUGAUAAACGAGCAAUACAAAACAACUCGAUCAACUGUA